AUGGCAGGCCUAACAGCAGAUCAGCUGUCGGCCUUCAACCGAGACGGCUACCUCAUCAUCCCUCGUGCCCUAUCCCGUUCCACGGUGACGGCCCUCCUGGAUGAGACGGACCGGCUCCUGUCCUCCCUGAGCCUGGACGACCACCCGAUGACACGCUUCUCGACGGGGACCACGUCCGAGCACGUGGGCGAUGACUACUUCCUCACCAGCGGCGACAAGAUCCGCUUCUUCUUCGAGGAGGACGCCUUCGACCGACAGGGAGAGCUGACGAGAGCCAAGGAGAGGGCCGUCAACAAGAUAGGCCACUACCUCCACGGCCUGAGCGAACCUUUCAAGAGGAUCCUCCUACUACCACCGGCAUCAGCAGCACCAGCGGCAUCAGCAGCAUCAGCAGCAUCAGCAGCUGCAGGGGGAGGCAUGCAGCAGGGUGGCAGGGACACGGAGCCCGGCCGCGUCGGCGGCGAUGGCGUGGAGAUCAGCCCCGCAGCCGUGGCCAGGGACCUGGGCUUCAGGGACCCUAGGUGCCUACAGAGCAUGAUCAUCCUCAAGCAGCCAGAGAUCGGGGGCGCCGUGCCGCCGCACCAGGACUCGACCUUUCUCUACACCGACCCGCCCUCGGCCGUGGGGUUCUGGUACGCACUCGAGGAUGCCACGCUGGAGAACGGAUGCCUGUCCUUCCUGCCUGGGUCGCACAGGUCCGCGCCCGUACGGAGGAGGCUCGUCCGCAAGGCUGGCGACGUCGGCACCGAGAUGGUCGACAAUCGUGGGCCAAAGUUUCCGAGGGGUCAGGAUGCUGCCGCCGCAGCUCAUCUGUCUGAUGAUGAUGCUGGCUAUGUUGCUGGAGAGGUCAAGGCUGGAGAUUUGGUUCUUAUUCAUGGAAACUUGCUGCACAAGAGUGAGAGAAACACCAGCGGCAAGGGUAGGAUCAUCUACACAUAUCACAUUAUCGAGAAUGACGAAACCGUAUACGAUGCCAGGAACUGGCUGCAACCUCCCCCAGAGGGAUUCACCAAGUUGUACGUAUAG